AGGGCGUACCAUCCUCUCUACUACUACUACUACUACUACUACUACUACUACUACUACAACAACUACUACUACAACUACAACUACUACUACUAGUGCGACUACAGCUAAAGAUCUGCCGACCCCCCAAGCCAGCCAACCCUCGCAAGAUGGCUCCCUCUGUGGCCCCCUCCCCCCUCCGCCCCACUGCCACGAAGGAGGGGCAGGGGGCGGUGGACGUUGAGGGGGCGUGGCUCCCUGAGACGUGUUGUGGUCAGAGGAGGUGUGGGGCCCGGAGGUGGGGUGUGUGUGUUAAUUGGCUUAUCUAUCUAUCAGUGUUUGCAGGGCUGGCGGUGCUGCUACUGGGGGUGGUGGCUCCUUCACACACCACCAUCACCUGCUCUGACCCGCUCAUCCACCGAGAGGUCAAGAAAGAGACCGUUCCCAUUAGUCUUCUAUUCACCCUCUCCUUCAUAGUCCCUUUCUUCAAGAUACUAAUAGUGGAGUGGGUGAUGCCGCCAGCCAGCCCCUCAGCCCCCAGCAAGACCCCUCUACGUGUGGGGCUGCGGCGGGCCUGGCGGUACCUGGGUGACCUGUUCGUGGGUUGCCUGUUCAUGUACUUCACCACAGACCUGAUCAAGACUGUGGUGGGAGAAGCGAGGCCAAAUUUCUGGGCCCUGUGUCAACCUAACCUUACCGAUCACCAGUGUAGCCAAGUGUACACCACAGUCACCUGGAAGGACUGCACGAAUCCCUACAAGCUGCGGCACUGGAGGCUGGCCGAGACUAUGAAGUCCUUCCCCUCAGGACACGCCGCCAUCUCAGUCUUCUCCUCUCUCUUCAUCAUGGCGUACACUCACAAGAGGCUGUGGCGCACCAUUCCCAGCUUGGUGAGUCCGUGGCUGCAGCUGCUGUGGGUGAUCUGGACCAUCGUGUGCUGUCAGUCACGUGUGUGGGACAACAAACACUUCUGGUGGGACGUCUUGGCUGGGGCUCUCAUCGGCGCGCUCUUCGCCUUUCUAACGCUGCAUUACCUGACCAACUGGUUCGAGCGGGAGGAGGAAGAGGAGGAAGAGGGAGACACAGCGCUCCUCUCACGAAGGAAGGAACCCACCUCCCCCUCUCCUUCCCCUUCAUCCUCUUCCUACAUCCCGGAGGAGGAGGAGGAGGAAGGGGACAACCUCUCUCGAUUCUCAGGAACCUCCAUUAAAAGGCUAAUUGGAGGAGCCCCGCGGGGGAGACCCAGUCCUCGGGGUACCACAGCCGCGGGGGAAGCAGCAGCAGCCUCGGGGGUGGCGCUGGGGGCAGUGCAAGUGAAGGAGGAGUGA